AUGGGAUGGGCCAAUGAGAGUGCCCUGGUGGGUUUCAUCCUCGUAGGCUUCUCGGAUCACCCUCGCCUGGAGGCCAUGCUUUUCGCAUUUGUCCUGUUCUUCUACUUGCUAACCCUUGUGGGGAACUUCACCAUCAUUGUCAUCUCCUACUUGGACCCCCCUCUGCAUACCCCGAUGUACUUCUUCCUCGGCAACCUCUCUGUCCUGGAUCUCUGCUUCACCAGCAGCCUUGCCCCUCAGACCUUAGUCAACCUGCGAGGAUCAGAGAAGACCAUCACUCACAGCGGCUGCGUGGUGCAGCUUUACGUUUCUCUGGCCCUGGGCUCCACCGAGUGCGUGCUCUUGGCAGUGAUGGCCUUGGAUCGCUACGUCGCUGUAUGCAGACCCCUGCACUAUGUUGUCAUCAUGAGCCCACGCAUGUGCCGGCAGCUGGCCUGUGUCUCCUGGCUCAGCGGCUUGGCCAAUGCCCUGGUCCACGCCACCCUUGCCUUGCAGUUGCCUCUCUGUGGCAGCCACAGGCUGGACCAUUUCAUCUGUGAAGUCCCAGCUCUCCUCAAGCUGGCCUGUGUGGACACCACCAUCAACGAGCUGGUGCUCUUAGGGGUCAGCGUCCCGUUCCUCAUACUCCCGCCAGCAUUCAUCCUCAUCUCCUAUGGCUUCAUCACCCGGGCUGUGCUGAGGAUCAGGUCAGUGGAGGUGAGGCACAAAGCCUUCAGCACAUGCUCCUCCCACCUGGUGGUGGUGGUCAUCUUCUAUGGCACCAUAAUCUACAUGUACCUGCAACCCAGCCACAGUUAUGCCCAGGACCAAGGCAAGUUCAUCUCUCUCUUCUACACCAUGGUCACCCCCACCUUGAAUCCCAUCAUCUACACCUUGAGGAACAAGGAUGUUAAAGAGGUACUAAAGAGAUUUUUUUCAGGACAGCUAUGCACCACAUGGAUGUGGUGCUCCAGGCACUUGUUGUGA